CCUUCAACAACAACAACUACCUUGAGUACUGUCAUAGCUACACCCGUCACACACAUGAGCAACCAGACGUCUAAGGCCACAGUUUUAACACCCCCUGGUAGCACUACAGUCAACAGCAUUCAAACAGAGCCUCCAUCUGUCACGCCAUCAGCCAAUCACAGCACAGAAAAAAAGCCGUCCAACUUCCAGAAUUCAUCUGUCACACCCUCACCACAUGGGAUCCCACUAAGCAUACUGACCCCAGUCAACCAGACCACAGCUUCCAACACAGUUUUGCCCUUCACUACCGUUCCUGUGACUGGCGCCAGCUCAGCCAAUCAGACGCAAGCCAGUACCCAGACUUCUCUAAUCACGUCUCUGCUUGUCAACCAAACCACGCCUGGAGGACUACUCACAUCGGGGUUCCCAUUAGUAAAUUGUGACAUCAGCCAACUCUGUUCCAAUACCAAUGCUUACUUUUGGAUGUCCAUAAGUGUGGAGGCCCAAGGCGACAACAAGACUGAGCAAGAUGUCCACAACUUGGUGUCAAAUGCAUUUAGUUGCCACAGUAAUGCAGCACAUGGAGUAACAGGCUUCAUACAUUUCUGUCAGGGUGACCGACAACUUCAGGCAGUACGUGUGAACUGCAGUGCAAAAAGUAACAUAAGACAAACAACCUGCGAUGUGCUGUUGCAGCUCAGCCACGCUGUCUCAGCGUGUGAACUGCAGCGCGCCGGAGUCUCUGCACUGCAGCAAGCUGGAGACCAACAAAUACAAGCCAAAAUCAUAGGAGAGGUGGAGAGAGUCGGUCAAGAUAUUUGUGGUGACGUGGAGCCCUCCAGUGGCAGAUUAGUGAGGUGUACAUCCACAUCCUCCCUGGAAGAAAUCUGUCAGGCAAACAAUCUCUCCAAGCUCACAUGCUCCCUCAUACAGCCCAACUCCAACCCAGCUCCACAACCUAAUACAGAACCCUGCAGCAGUGAAGUGCUUCGCUUUUGUGACUGCACCGCUUUCUGUAAUUCUGCAAGCCAGUUUUUUGCCAUGAGAAUCAAUAUUAACAGUGCCUCUUUCAAUGUUAACUCCCUAAAAGUACUGCUCUCUGGACUUAUUGCAGCCCGCACAUGUAACACAAUGUCAGGGUCAGUGUGCCAAGAUAUUUUAAAGUUCUACCAGAAUGUUCAUCUGGAAUGCCAUGGGACACCACAGAGGUUGUACAGCUGCAUGGUGAUACUGGAGAUGUCUGGACCUGUCAAUGGUUGCGCCCUAAAUAAACUUCUGCAACAAGUCAUUGACAACAGCAGUGGCAUAACAAGUGAAAGGCCACUUACACGCAUGGUGGUUUGUGGUCCUCCUGGUUUAGCUGUCAGUACUCUGUUGUCAUCCAACCUGACCUGGGUUGAGAGUGACCUGCUGACCUCCGAUGUGUGCCAACCAGACCCCACUCUGCUUAAAUGUGAGGCAAAUGAGAGCCUUGCUAUACUUCUGACUGACCCCUGCCCUCCGAAGCCUUCAACAACCAAGCAAAGCACGACGCAACCUUCCAAUCUGACCAACAGCACUACAACUCCUACAGCCUCAACACCAUCUGGUAGCAACACUACGGCGGCUCAAAAUACUGCAACAGUUCAAAAGACAAAUGCCUCACAAGGAACAGCUCGGCCUAACAUGACUAUGCCACUCACAACAAUUAACAGUACACAGUCCUCAACAGCACAGCCUGUCUUCCAAACCAGCUCACCAAACAUGACUGUGACGGCCUCUAACAGUACAAUAGAACAAAACACAACUUUGUCUAAUAACACAACAUUGUUGACACCCACUGAAAAUACACAACUGCAAAGCACAACAGCACCACACCAAAACACAACAGAAUUCAGGACAUUAUCCUCUGUCAACUCAACAUUACAAAUGACUACUGCUCCCACUGUAUCAAAGCUUGACACAACUACAAUGUCUCCAAAUCACACAGCAGAGUACAACUUAACAACAGUUGGCACAGUUAUACAUUCUAACAAUCACACAAUAGUGUACCAUGUAACUACAGUUGCAUCUAGAACCAAUCACACAACAGUGUACAAUGUAACCACAGUUCCACAUAUAACCAAUCACACAACAGCAUACAAUGUAACUACAAUUAGAUCUUCUCCAAAUGAUACCACCAGAUACAAUGCAACUAGUGCUGGCACAGUUAUGCAUUCUGCCAAUCACACAACAAAGCACAAUGUAACUAUGGUUAAACCUUCUACAAAUGAUAAUACAACAUACAAUGUAACUACAGUCAGUGCAUUUACAACUUCUCUAAAUGAUACAACAUUGUAUACUGCAACUACAGUUCCACCUUUAACCAAUCACACAAAAGUGUACAAUGCAACUACAAUUUCACCUUCUCUGAAUGGCACAACAGCAUACAAUGUAACUACACCCGGCAGAUUUACACCUUCUACCAAUCACAUACCAGAGUACAAUGUAACUACACCCGGCAGAUUUACACCUUCUACCAAUCACACACCAGAGUACAAUAUAACUACACCCAGCACAUUUACACCUUCAACCAAUCACACACCAGAUUACAAUGUAACUACACUUGGCAGAUUUACAUCUUAUACCAAUCACACACCAGAGUACAAUAUAACUACACCUGGCAGAUUUACACCUUAUACCAAUAACACACCAGAGUACAAUGUAACUUCAGCCGGCACCAACAGAAAAGAAAACAGUACAUUUAUGACUAACACAUUUACCACAUCUCCCAAUCACACAGUAGUGUAUAAUGUAACUUUGGCAAUUAAGAAUUACACAACACCCUCCAACUAUUACACAACAGAGUACAACAUAACCACAACCAACAACAGUGUGAACUUACACAAUGGUACAAUUGCAACAAACACAACAAUAAGCACAUUUACAGCUUCUCCCUAUCACACAAUGAACAAGGUCACUAUGCUUGAGAAAAUAAACACUACUACUGUUUCUCAAGACAAAACAGCCACAAACAGCAUAACCACUGCACCCAUCAGGGAAACACAACAGAACACAACAGUCCCUUAUAAACACACAACAAUGUCUACCACUGUUAAAAAAGCUAAUGAAACCCCUAACAAUGCAACAACAACCACACAACAAUCUACUGCAGACGUUGUGACGUCUGUUGUCGACAACACCACUAAACCUACAGUUGCUCCACUGAACAACCAGACAGGACAUCACACCGUCUCAACAACUAGCAAAGACAACAACUUCACCACAGCUGCCACUGUCGUCGGUACCGUCAUUAAUCUCAAUCAAACUGCAGGAAUCAGCGUUAACCUGAGCUCAACUGCAAGCAGUUUAACCACUGAUUUCAACAUGACAACCAAAGGACCAGAAAGCAAGUUGACAACUACAACUUCCACCACAACUACAACAACAAUUGUGCAUGAUACACUUCCUGUCCAGACUACCACCACUACAGCAAAGGUUACCUCAACUUCUUCAACAACAACUCUCCAAACCACCACGAUCACCAGCACAACCACCACAAAUCCUGGUACAGGAAGUACCUUCACAACCAUGGCAGAGACCCCCACGAGCCAAACGGCCCGGGAAGAGCAAGCAAAGGAGCUGCUGAACCAAACAGAGGAUGCGUCUCAACUGAACUCCUCUCAGGUGACACAGUUUGUAAGGGAGUUAGAGAAGCUUCUGGAGGGCCCCACAGUCUCUCAGGCAGUGGGACAGAAGGUGGUCAACAUCAUCAGCAACCUGAUGAAUGCCAACUCGCUGGCCCUCUCUGCCUCUGCUAACAGGCUGGUUCACCUGGUAGAUGAUCUGGGUCUUAAGCUGGUUGUCACUGGUGACAGAGGGAUCCUCUCUUCACGUUCGCUGGUUCUGGCAGUGAGGACAGUCGAUGGGACCAACUUUCCAAUAACUUCUGUUGACAUUUUCAACACAGAUAAUGUCCAGCUCCAUGCCCUCAGGUCCAAAAGGUCAGGGUCUGCUCUGGGGUCUGUAUUCUUGCCCUCCUCCCUCACCACUGGGCUAAGUCCUGAGCAGCAGAAGAAGGCCAACAGGGUCCAGUUCACCUUCUACACCAAAUCUAGCCUCUUCCAGGAUGCAUCAUUAGAUAACAAAACCCUUGUCAGUCCCGUCCUGGCCGCCAGUGUGACCAAUCUAUCAAUAAGCAACCUGAGUGAGAACAUUCAGUUUACCAUCCAAAACAUCAACCCCAUACAUGCAAACCACGCAGCCUCCUGUGUAUUUUGGGACUUUUCUCGGAAUGGUGGUGGAGGAGGCUGGAGCUCUGCAGGCUGCUUUGUUGUCAAUUCCACACAGGAAGACACAACCUGCAGCUGCAACCAUCUCACAUCCUUUGCAAUUCUGCUGGAUUUGUCCAGAGAGGGGAUAAUUGAUCAUCAACAGGCGCAAAUUCUUACUUUCAUCACCUACAUCGGCUGUGGAAUCUCUGCCAUUUUCCUCGCUCUCACCUUACUGACAUAUCUUUUAUUUGAAAAACUGCUGCGGGAUAUUCCUGCCAAGAUCCUGGUCCAGCUCUGCCUAUCCCUCCUCCUCCUUAACCUGGUCUUCUUGCUGGACGGCUGGCUGGCGCUCUACCCAGGGGUCGGGCUGUGCAUUAGCACCGCCUUCUUCCUGCACUACUUCCUGCUGACAUCGUUUACCUGGGCGGGCCUCGAGGCCUUGCACAUGUACCUGAGCAUCGUCCGGGUGUUCACUCCCUACCUCAGCAGAUACAUGCUCAAGUUCUCGCUGAUAGGCUGGGGCCUUCCACUUCUUGUGGUGAUUGUUGUAAUAUCAGUGGACAAAAACAACUAUGGUCUGGUCACGUAUGGAAAAUAUACAGAUGGCUCCUCAGACGACUUCUGUUGGCUGCGUAAUGACAUUGCCUUCUAUGUGGGCGUGGUGGCCUACUUCCUCCUGAUCUUUGCCCUGUGCCUGCUGGUCUUCAUCGUGGUUAUGGUCCAGCUGUCCCGGAUCAAGAAGCAGAACCCCCAGAACCAGCCUCCCAACAGGGGAGUGAUGACAGAUCUGCGCAGCAUUGCUGGUCUCAUCAUCCUGCUUGGCCUCACUUGGGGGUUCUCCCUAUUUGCAUGGGGACCCCUUUACUUACCCUUUGUUUACCUUUUCACCAUAUUCAACUCUCUGCAAGGAUUCCUUGUAUUUGUUUUCCACUGUGCUGUGAAGGAGAAUGUCCGCAGACAGUGGAGAACUUAUCUUUGCUGUGGGAGUCUGCGAUUGGCUGAGAACUCAGAUUGGAGUCGGACGGCCACCCAGAACAACAGAAAUAUGUCGGUUACUACAGCAAACCCCUUAGCUCCCUACUUUACCUCCCGAAGCUGCUCCGUCAUCAGCAGUGGCACCAAUAGCAGCGGCUCUGUGUUUUGGGACAGUGGAAUAUCUGAUGGACCCAACAGCGACGCUCACCUCAACGAGAUUCACAGACAAAAUCUGUCACUGUAAGGCAAGGCCUGACAACUGUGACAAGCAUCCAUUUGUGAUUACAAUAAUUAUGUGCUCUGAGAGAGCCGAGAGGACUCGGCCAGAGAUUAGUGAUCUCCUGCCGCCCGAGUAAACAAAGAAAACAAUCACAGGAGUGAAUGCUCACGGAAAUCCUCAGUGUUGCACAACAUGAGGGUUUUAUACGUGUAAUGAAGGAUGGAAGAAGUGAGACUGAAGUACCUUAAGCGAGGAUGAUUAUGAUUAUUGAAUGAAAGUGUGACUCGAUACAUUAACAUCAGAAUAUAUUAUCACAGAAAUAAUGUAGGCCUUGUUAGCAGUGGGAAGUGUACAUCAGGUGUGUGUUCCUAACUGAAAAAUGUAAUCGUUUUACUGUUACAGCUGUGACUCUGUUUGUGCAGACUACAGCUUGUUUCAAGGCUUUUAGAAUAAUUACUGUAAACAAUAAAUUCCACUGGUAACAGUGUUUUUUAUAAUAGGACAUGUUAAAGACAAAA